UUGUCACUGAUGCACAAUAACUUUCUGACAGUAACAAAGUAAGUGAAACUGAAACUGAUGAAGGGUCUAGGCCGGAAACGUCAGCUUUCCUGCUCCUCUGAUGCUGCUUGGCCUGCUGUGUUCAUCCAGCUCUACACCUUGUUGUCUCUUGAAACUGAAACUGCUGCGUGUUCUUCGCAACUUCCGGAAGAACCAGGAGACAUUUUGUUGUAAUUUGGACGCGAUUUAUCAGGGGAACAACACAUUUCCCAGCGAACAGAGAGAGAGAGAGAGAGAGGGAACGCAGCGGGACAUUGCAGCAGCGGCUCUGACUGACGGACCAUCUGCUCUUCCUCCAACAUGGAGUUUUACAAAAUGCUUCUCAGCGGCUUCUCGGUCUCCUGUCGGUGUCUGGCUCUGAUCCUGAUCCCGGUCCCGGUCCCGGGAAAGGAGCUGCAGGGACACAGCUCCCAGAAACUAUUCCCGUUGGUGGCUGCUGUUACAGUGUCUACUGAAGCACCAGCAAAUAUAAUGAUGAACAAAUGUGUGACCAAGGAUCAGAGGCCUGUCCUUAAACGUGGAUUAACUGAGAUAAUUUGCAACGGCUUAACUUGCACUGGGAAUUAUAGGGCAUAUUUUAAUCAAUCCAGUUGCUACUACGUGUGCAUUGUAGACAUUCGAUAUCUGAAAGACUCAUCUAAAGGUAAUCUUCUUGAAUUUGGGAACAUGGAGUCCUCGGAAACGUUAUUCCUUCGGUUCAGAUCAGAUCACGCUUGUCCAUCCCAAGGCCCAAGUGCAACUCCUGAAGCAGAUCAUGGUGACUUGCCUGUCCCAAUUUCUGGGUACGUUGAGGAGCAGGUGGUGCUGCCCUGUACCUACAAAGGGAAUGUCUCGGUCUCUGAUUUACAGGUAAUCUGGGGGACACCCAAGAGAGAAAUUGUACACAAGUUUGUCGAUGGGAACGAUGAUUUGAGAGAACAAGACCCAUGGUUCAGAAACAGAACAAACCUGUUCAAAGAUCAACUGGAACAAGGCAACUGGUCAGUUCUGAUCUCUGACCUCCGGGAGGCAGACCUGGAUGAGUAUCAGUGUCAAAUUUCCAGCAGGAUGGGGGAUAGAUUUCAAUUGGAGGAAGUUGUUUCAGUCCGUCUCUCUGUCGCAGGUCCUAGACUCCCAGCAAGAGAAAGAGUUGGAUUGGGAAUCGGGAUUGGUGUUUUUGUUGUCUUCGUUGCAAUUGGGGUUUACUUUGUCCGAAAACACACAAGACAGGAACAACCCCGACCAACGAUGGAUCAUAUUGAAAAAUGGAAUGGUGACCCUUUGAGUGAGGUGACCUGUUCAAGCGAAGCACAGAGCCUUGUGCCAACAGCACCUGAGCAUCAGGAUGGAGCGGCUGGAGAACAAAACCUUCUGGGGAACAGGGCUGUCCAGCACUAACUGAGCUUCCACUGCACUGAGCCUGGGACAGGGAGGGUGGGAAAUCAGCCUAAUCUUGUGAUGAUCAAGUGAUUCCUGAUGGAAAGUUUUGAGACGUGGUCAGUAAGGUUAUAUCACAUUGGGUUCCAGGGAGAGAGAGCCUAUUGGAGACAAAACUGACUUGAUGAUGCAAGUCAGAAGCUGGUGGUAGAGGGUUGUUAGGACUGGAGGCCGAUGACCAGUGGUGUGCUGUGAGGAUGGGUUCUGGGACAACCGUUUGUCACUUGCAUCAACAGUUUGGAUGAGAACAUGGUUAGUAACUUUGCUAUUGACAGCAAAAUUGGUAGUAGAGGGGGACAGUGAAGUGGGCGAAGAGUACAAUGAGACCUUGAUCAGAUGGGCAGAUGGGCCAAUGGGCCGAGGAGUGGCAGGUGAAGUUUAAUUUAGAUAAAUGUGAGGUGUUGCAUUUUGGUUGGAGAAGCCAGGGCAGGGCUUACACAGUUAAUGGGAGAGCCCUGGGAGUGUUGCUGAACAGGGGGAUCUAGGGCUUUCAGGUUGAUAGUUCUUUGAAAGUGGCAUUGCAGAUAGACAGUGUGGUGAAGAAGGCAUGUGGCACACUUUCCUUCGUUGGUCAGAACAUUGAGUAUUGGAGUUGGAGGUCAUCUUGAAGCUGUACAAGCCACUGGUGAGGCCAAUUAUACACUAUUGUGUACAAUUCUGGAUGUCUUGCUGUUGCAAGGAUGUUGUUAAGUUAGAAAGCGUGCAGAAAAAAAAUUACAAGGAUGCUGCUGGGACUGGGGGGUUUGCAUUGUAGGGAGAGGCUGAAUUAACUGGACUUUUUUCCCCUGGAUUGCUGGAGGC